UGGGGUGAAGUGGCAAACAGCUGUUGUCUCAAGGGAUGCUGGUGAGAGGCGGAGGUCGAGCUUUUUCAGGCUACGACCUCGCCACGACCCAACACGACCGCAAGAACGACCUGGCUAAUCAGGAAGAAAAUGCUAGGGCAGGUAUCAGUGUUUGGGUCACGCUGCUGUUCCUGGAUACAAGUGCAAUCGAGCAACCAGACUCUUGGUUGAAUCGCCUGGCAGUGGAAUUGGUCGCGAGCAAGUGCGUGCCCGAGCAUGGAGGUGACGUCAUAAGUUGGCAGGAUACCCCAAGGCGGGGAUAUGGGGGUGUCCUUGAGGCUACUGUACAAGACCUUUGUCAGGGUCGCGCUAAGUCUUAAAGGAAGGGAAAAGAACAAAAAAUAAUUGUAUGGUAAUUAUUAUUUAUUUUUAUUUAUUUUAUUUAUUUAUUUAUUAUCAUUAUUAUUAUUUUUUUUUUUUUUUUUGGGGGGGGGGAAGAAAAACAAGAAUUUGAUGGUAAUGAUUUGUUUGUUUUGAAAGGUAAUGAUGUAUUCUUUCAGUAGCGUUUUAAAGACAGAGAAGAAUAAAAGGCCCACCUGUAUGGAAUUUAAUACAGGCUGUACGCAUAGGGAUGUAGUUUGAAAUAAGUUUUCGAAUAUAAAUGACCGAGCAAUGCUACUGUGUAAUGCAUUUCAGACAGACACUAGGCAUUUGUUACCAAGAGCGACGCACCCUGUAGAGAAAGAUUCAAAACCAUUCAUUCGAACUCAAAAUCCAAAUCGAACCUUUCUUACCUUCUGUUUAUCCCCCUUUAUUAGCGCUUUAUGUCAACUGAUAAAAAAAAAAAAAUGCGACAUUAAGAACCUGUAAUGUUUAUUAGUCCGUUUCUCAUGCUCUAUUGGUCCAUUUCUCUCUUCCUCUGUUCGUCGCUCUCAGUAACAUAAACUCUUAUCUUAUUUAUGUAUUUAUUUAACUAUUGCUUGGUAUGUAUGUAUCCAAUCAGAUUUGCUUGUAUUUGUAGCCAAGGCCCGAAGCUCGUGUAUGUCUAAUGUAUGUUUUACGUGUU